AGCAAUUAAAAAUGGCAGCUAAUAACAACCUGAACAUGCACAGCAUGUCUCCACAGCAUAUAUCAUCGCUUAAUCAAGGCAUUAUGCCUCAAUCGGUUAUUGCAUCAACUGGUAGUGUCAGUCCCAUGAUCGGCAUGCCAUCAAUGCCGCAACCAUCAAGCAGCGCACAAAGCGCUUGGGAUCAACUAACCGCUUCCUCAUCAUCUUCAAUCAAUUCGAAUGUACUAAGUACCACGCCCACAACAAACAUCAUCGCUGUUGGUGGUAGUGCUGUUGGCUUGGGAAUUGGCAGUACAACUAAUUUAUCUACAUUACAAACGCUACCGACAGCAAGUAAUAAUACUAUUAGUGGUGUUGGUGGCACUAUGAUUGCUGCUAAUACCGGCGCCCAGACGGGCGGCAUAACGAUGGGCGAUCCCAACGGCCUUGGUUUGGGUAAUACAUCUGGUGGUAAUUCACCAGCGGCUAGUUGCGCCUCUCCAUCGACGCCCACAAAAACAAAUGCACCUCCAUUGGAUGGUAUGAUGGCACACACGCCCACACAAGGACCACCUGCUAUGAAUAGUGGCGGAUAUGGCGAGGAAUUGACGGCCGAGCUAGUGAAUCAAGGUUGGCGCAAAUUUUGGUCGAAACGCGAGAGUCGGCCUUACUAUUGGAAUAAAAUAACUGGUGAAUCGCUAUGGGAAAUGCCUGGCGCACGGCCGUUUGAUCCACUAACAGAUCCUUUAGGCAUUUGUCAUAGCGGUGGUCAGCCGCCAAUGAAUCCAGGCAUGCCUCAUCCGCACCAAAUACAACACCCGAAUUUAAAGCGUCGCCCCUCGGACGAUAUGCAUCUACAUCCACAUCAACAGCAUCCGCCGUUGAAGAAAUUCGUCUUGGCUGGGCCUUGGGAUUUAGAGAUUUGCACGAAUGCUGUAAUUGUUGAACGACCGCCAACGUUAUUGCCACAACCACAUCCUGAAAUCGAGGCUUUACGCGCUGCCUACACUAUGAAACUUGUAAAGACGUACGAAGAUCUAUGUAUGCGUCGCGAAAAUAUUAAAGCGCCGAAAGACUCAUUCAAUCGCUGGCUAAUGGAGCGCAAAGUAGUAGACACUGGAUGCGACCCUCUCUUACCGAGCAAUUGCAAGAUAGAGAUUUCACCAUCAAUGUACAGGGAGAUUAUGGCAGAUAUACCGAUAAAGAUUGUUAAACCGAAAUUUACAGGCGAUGCACGCAAGCAAUUGUCACGUUACGCCGAAGCCGCUAAGCAGAUUAUUGAAUCUCGUUCGGCACCAGCCGAGAGCAAAAAGAUCGUUAAAUGGAAUGUUGAAGAUACUUUCCAAUGGUUGCGACGCACUGUUGGCGCCAGCUAUGAAGACUUUCAAGAUCGUCUUGCCCAUUUGAAACGACAAUGUGAACCACAUCUGGUGGAGACCGUUAAAAGUUCCGUAGAGGCGCUCUGCAUUAAAAUCUAUCACUUGAGCGCUGAACAUGCGCGUAAAAUACGCGAACGUCAUAUGCAAUUGCUCAAGGAGCAUGGCAUACCAGAGCCUACACCACCACCACCACCGCCUCAUCUUAAGAAAGUCUGGUGUUAUCCCAUACAGUUUGCUGUACCAUCGCCACGUAUGCCAGCUAUCGAAUACGUACAGGAUCGUGAUCACAUGAUAAUAAAGUACACGCCAAGUACACACAAUCAGCCCGACGCGCAAUAUAUAAAUUUAACGCAUCUGCAGAAGUUGGAGCAAUUGUAUCGGCACAAUUGUUUCGAUGAUAAAAAAUUUGAUUUGUUCAUUGGAAGGGUUUGGUGCCUAUUGAAGCGCUACCAGACAUUCCUGGGCAAUGCAUUGAACUCGUCACAGGAGGCCGAAAUGACGCAGGCAUCAUUGCCAGUACCAGUGUUUGAAUGUUUACAUCGUCACUACGGUGUUAGUUUUGAGUGCUUUGCUUCGCCAUUCAACUCGUACUUUAGGCAAUAUUGCUCGGCGUUCGCAGAUACCGAUGCAUAUUUUGGUUCCAGAGGGCCAUUUCUAGAUUUCAAGCCAGUUUCUGGUUCGUUUCAAGUAAAUCCACCGCAUUGCGAGGAACUUAUCGAUAGAGCGCUGCACCACAUUGAUAAGUUACUCACCGAUUCCAUGGAGCCUUUAAGUUUCAUCAUAUUUUUGCCCGAGUGGAAAAGUAUCGCAAAACUGGAGGAGAGCAUGUUCAAACGCCGAUCAAUGGUGGUCUUGGGCAUGGCACAUGAAUACCGUCACGGCUAUCAACACAUUAUACCAAAAGCCGAUGUCAAUGUGAAAUGUAUGCAAGGCACCCAAGUGGUUUGGUUACAGAAUAGCGCAGGCCAUGCACGCUGGGGUCCCAAUGAAAAUCGCGUAGAGGCGUUACGUGAAGCAUUCCGGCCACAACGCGAUCGUGAGCGUGAGCGCGCUGCCGCCGCUGCGGCUGCAGCUGCAUCAUCGCCACAACCAUCAAUGCAUCAAUCUUCUGCUGCGCAUACGCUCAGCAACAGCAGUAGCGGCGGCAGCAAUGCUAUAAACACAAAUGCCAGUAGCUCUGCAGCCUCCGCUACUUCUACCAACAUCAAUUCAACCAGUGCUGCGAGCAGCAGCACAAUGCAAUCAACAGGCGCGCCACUCUCACCACACACGCCACCAAAUAUGGCUACGUCAUCGACCGGUUCGCCGGCUAUGAGCAUUCAGAGUGCUUGUUCUUCGCCUUCCUCUUCAUCAAUGUCACUUUCGCCUGCUGCACCCGGUGCUGUAGGCAUGCUAGAUGGCAAUACUUCGGUAUCUAUUACGGCAACAGCUACAACUGCAGGUGGUGCUUUCGCCAGUCUAGUAGCUGCUUCGACAUCAGCCGCAAGCGUUGUAGGCAGCGGCAGUGUAAUGAGUGGUGGCGUAGGCCCAUCAGGUGCUGCAGGCAGCGCCAUUAACAGCAGUGCCGGACAAGCGGUUAUCAAUUCUGCAGUUUAAAUACGCUGAGGUUUUUUUAUGUAACAGGAUUAAAUUACAAAUUGAAAUUAUAUGAGUUUUGUUAGAAGCGGGGAGCAGUAAAAUAAUAGUAUAA